AUGCCUGAAUCCGGAAACACCUACAAGAUCGUCAACCACAAGAACGGCACUGCCCUCGAUCUCUCAGGGUCUGAUGGCGUCUCCGUUACUGGAUGGGAUUCUCACGAUGGUGACAACCAAAAGUGGACUCUCAACGAAGAAGACGGUCUUUGGGUUAUCAUAAACGUUGCCACCGGCAAGUUCCUCGCUCCGGAAGGAGGUGAUGAGGGUAACAGUGUCGUCGGUGGCGAGGAGCCCUUCCAAUGGGAUAUCCGCAAUGAAGGCGACGACGAAGGCCUCUGGCGUAUCUUCGUCCCACACUCCCACUUGAACCUCGACUUGGACAGCCAAGGUGAAGACGAUAUUCCAGCUGGAGCUAGAGUUCAACUCUGGGGCCAGUGGGCUGGUGAUAACCAGGUUUGGAGGCUCGAAGACGCCUAA